AUGGAAUCAAGUUUGACAUCAAGUUUCCUUAAAAUUGGUGAUACAGUAGCUUUAUAUGCUGAAGGUACCGUUUGUGGAUUUAUAAGUACACUUGGACUUGUUGAUGAUCGUUGUGUUGUUCAGCCUGAUGCUGGUGAUUUACAAAAACCACCAAAAAAAUUCCGAGAUUGUCUUUUUCGUGUAUGUUCAAGUCAUCGUUAUAGUGCUCAAGCUCAAUAUUGGAGUGCAUUAAAAAAUUCAAAUAAUACUCGAGAUAUAAAAAAAUUGCAAAUAGCUGCUGAUACAGAAAAACGUCAAAAUGAAGCUGAAAGUCGAAAACAAACUGGAACGAUUAUUAAAUAUGGUGAUACGGUUGUACAAUUACUUCAUAUUAAAAGUAAUAAAUAUAUAACUGUUAAUAAACGUUUACCAGCUAUUUUGGAAAAAAAUGCAAUGCGUGUAUCAUUGGAUGUUAGUGGAACAGAAGGUUCAUGGUUUCAAAUUGAACCUUAUUAUAAACUACGUGCCAAAGGAGAACGAGUUGUCGUCGGUGAUAAAGUUGUACUUAUGCCUUAUAGUGGUGGACAACCAUUACAUGUCAGCGAAUUAGAAUUACCUGAUAAUCCUGGUUCAAAAGAAGUCAAUUCUCAUCUUCAAACAAGUUGGAAAAUUGUUUUAUUUAUGUCAUGCCAUGAAGCAACAAAUGAAGUAUUAAAAAGUGGUGAUAUUGUACGUUUAUUUCAUGCUGAACAAGAAAAAUUUUUAACCUGUGAUAAUUAUCGAAAAAAAAGUGUUGUCUUUUUACGUGCAACAGGACGUGCAUCAGCAACAUCAGCAACAUCAUCAAAUGCUUUAUGGGAAAUCGAAGUUGUUCAACAAGAUCCAUGUCGUGGUGGUAUUGGUCAUUGGAGUUCACUAUUUCGUUUUAAACAUUUAGCUACAGGACAAUAUCUUGCUGCUGAAGUUGAUAAUGAUCAAACAUUUGAUGCAACACGACAAAAAUUACGUGGAACAUCAAGUACACCUGUAUUUGCACUUAUACCUAUUCCACAUGCAUAUGAUAUAUCAUCUUUAUUUGAACUUGAUGCAACAACAAUAACACGUAAUGACGAUCCUGUAUCAUGGAGUUCAUAUGUACGUUUACAACAUAUAUGUACAAAUACAUGGGUACAUUCAACAAAUAUUAAAUUAGAUCCUGAUGAUGAUAAUGUACGUUUUAAAAUUGGUUGUGCUUUAAUGAAAGAAGAUAGAGAAGCAUUUCAAAUAGGACAUGUUUCACCAAAUGAAGUACGAGAUUUAGAUUUUGCUAAUGAUGCUGCUCAAUAUUUGGAUACAAUUGUAUCAAAAUGGGACAAAUUUGGAAUUAUGAAUGUACAAGCUAAUGAAAGAAAGCAAGUGAUGUUAUUAUUAAGUGAUAUAAUUUAUUUUCUUGCUUGUCAAGAAAAUAAUGGAAGUGAUGCAUUUGAUGUUCAAAUCUUAAAACCAAAUCGUGAAAGACAAAAAUUAAUUCGUGAACAAAAUAUUCUCAAACAAUUAUUUCGAAUACUUCGAGUAUUAAAACCACGUUUAGAACUCGAACGAUCAAAUACAAAAUCAGUAAAAAGUUCAGAUUUUUCUCAUACAAAUUCUCCUACAAUGUUAAACAAUGAUCAAUAUAUUUCAUCAUCAUCACAACAACAAGAUGUUGAUGCACGUUAUUCAACAAUAACAUUUCAAAUGAAAACAAUUUGUCGUCUUUGUUAUCGAAUACUUAAACAUUGUCAACAAGAAUAUCGAAAAAAUCAAGUAAAAUUAUUUUCUUUUUCUUUUAAUCUUCUUAAAGAAACAAUUGCAAAAGAAUUUUCAUUUAUGCAAUCUCAAAUUGGUUAUGAUAUAUUAGCUGAAGAUACAAUAACAGCAUUAUUACAUAAUAAUAAAAAAUUAUUAGAAAAACAUAUAACAGAAAAAGAAAUUGAUACAUUUGUUAGAUUAUUAAGAGAAAAACGAGAUUGCAAAUUUCUUGAAUAUUUAUCAGAUUUAUGUGUAUCAAGUAAUCAAGCUAUAGCACGAAUACAAGAAAUGAUAUGUAAAUCAGUAUUAGAAAAAAAUUCUGAUAUUUUAAUACGAACAAAACUUGAACUAAGAGCAUGUGUUGAAGAUAUGGUUUUAGAUGAUAAUAUGAGUUCACCAAUUGGUUUGUCAAGUCAAAAUAUAUUACAAGAAGUUCGAUUAGCAUGGGAUGGAAAAUCAGAAUCUAUUGAAUACAUGGCUGGUGUUGUAAGAGAUCAAUCUUCACAUAAAAGACGAGAAGAAUUUAAAAAUAUUCUUGAAUAUUAUAGAGAUCAAUUAAAUUUAUUUGCUCAUAUGUGUUUCGAUCGACAAUAUUUAGCAAUUGAUAAUUUAUCAAUAGAAUUAACAAUUGAACUUAUUCUAACAUGUAUAAAAAGUGAAAAUCUUCCACCAGAUUUACGUGCAGCAUUUUGUCGUUUAAUGAUUCAUAUACAUGUUAAUCGUGAUCCACAAGAAGAAGUAACACGUAUAAAGUAUGCACGAUUAUGGAAUCAAGUUAAAUCAACAAUAUCUUUAAAUGAUUAUGAUCAAACAAUAAACAGUUCACUUGAAUCAUCAGAAAAAAGUGAAAAUCGAUUAAAAUUUGAAUCAACAAUGAAAUUUGUUGAAGAUUAUCUUAAUACAGUUGUUCAACAACCAAAUUCAUUUUCUGAUAGAGAACAAAAUAAAUUAACACAUGAAGUUGUUAAUUUAGCUCGUCGUUUAAUAUUCUUUGGUUUUUAUAGUUUUGAAGAUUUACUUAAAUUAACAAAAACUCUUCUUGGCAUAUUAGAUACAAGUAAAAUUAUAGCUAGAAAUAUAAUUAAUUCACAUUCAGAAAAAAUUCCAUCAAUCGUUAUAUCAAAUUCAAAAUCAUCAAAAUAUGACUCUACCAUAACUCCAAAUUUAUAUACUGCAACAGAUCCAACUGCAGAACAACCCAGUGAUGCAAUUGAUGAUUUAGCUUAUAAAACAAAAAUGAAUAUUAUUGCAAUUCUUGAGUUUAUUCUUGAUAUUCGACUUGAUUUUCGUAUUUCUCGUCUUAUUUCAAUUUUUAAACAAAAAUUUGAUCGUCUCGAAUCAAUAUCAAAUUUACUUGAAAUGCCCGAUAUUGAAUGUAUAUUUGAUUCCCUUGAACCAAAUCUUGAUUUAGAUGAUGCAAAAGGAAAAACAUUUCUUAAAGUUUUACUUAAUCUUGUUAUGCAUGAUUAUCAACCAUUAAUAUCACGUGCAUUAUCAUUACUUUUUCGACAUUUUAAUCAACGUAAAGAAACAUUACAACAUUUAAAUCAAGUACAAUUACUUGUUAGUGAAACCGAUAUUGAAAAUUAUAAACAAAUAAAACGAGAUUUAGAUCAAUUAAGAUUAUUUGUUGAAAAAUCAGAAUUAUGGGUUUAUAAAAAAGGAAAAGAUGGAGCAUUAACAACGGGAAAUGAAAUUGAGAUUAAUGUUGAUCAAGAAGAUAGAAAAGAUGAAGAAAUGGAAAUAAAGAUUCUUUGUCGAAUGAUGAAAUUAUGUGUUGUUGAAAAUAGUGAUGGUAAUUUAUAUGCACGUGAAGAUGAACAACGUUUAUUAAGAAAUAUGGGUGUACAUAUUGUAGUACUUGAUUUAUUAAAAAUUCCAUAUGAUAAAAUAGAAGAUACUCGAAUGAAUCAUAUAAUGAAAUUAGCUCAUAAGCUUUUACAAUAUUUUUGUUAUGCAAAUCCAACAAAUCAAACAACAUUAUAUGAUUUAUAUUUUAAUGAUUAUCCUCAAAUAUCUGAGGAACAAGAAGUAGAAACAUGUUGUUAUAUAUUUCUAAAUAAUAUUCAAUUAUGUAAAACAAUAAGUGAAAAACAUAUUCAACAUUUUGUUCAUUUAAUUGAAUUACAUGGACGAAAAGUUAUAUAUAUUAAAUUUCUUCAAACAAUUGUUAAAGCAGAAAAUCAAUAUAUUAAAAAUUGUCAAGAUUUAAUUAUGUCUGAAUUGGUUACUUCCGAUGAAGUAUUAAUGUUUUAUGAAAAAGGAAGUUUAACUGAUCUUAUUGAACGUAUGCAAUCGGAAAGUGAACGUUCAAAUCCAAAUUCAUCAUUAAAUUAUCAUAUUCAACUUGUUUAUUUAUUGGCAAUGUGUACUGAAGGAAAAAAUGCAUCAACAGAAAUUAAAUGUCAUUCAUUAAUUGGUCUUGAUGAUCUUGUUUCAAUAGUAACAAAUCCAUUUUGUCUUCCUGAAGUUAAAGAUGCUUAUAUUACAUUUUUAGAUCAUUGUUAUAUCGAUACUGAAGUCGAAAUGAAAGAAAUCUAUAAUAGUCAACAUAUUUACACAUUAAUUGAAAAAUCAUUUAGUCCAGAUAUUGAACAACUAAUAUCAAAUCCAGGCAACGACCCAUACUUAGAAAAAUAUGUUUUAAAUACAGUUAUGGAAUUAAUAUAUCAAUUUUUCAAUUCACCUUUUUUCGAACAAUCAUCUGCACCACAACAACGCAAUGCAACUUUUGUAGCACUUCAUAAUCAUUUGAUACGAUUAUUUAAUGUACCAUGGUUAACAACAGCACAACGUGAACGUGUUGAUCGAUGUAUACAUAUAAUAUCAUUAAUUGCUGACAGACGUGGUCUUCUUCAUUUUUUACGUUCAAAUCAAAGUUCAGCUUGCGAAACAGCACUACAGUCAUGUCGUACAAGUCGUAGUCUAACAGCUGAACGACAACAUGUUAAUGGUCAUUUAAAGGAAGAACAUAAUCAUUCACAAGAUAUCGAACAUAAACGUGUUAUUGAUGGUUUUGUGGCUUUUCUUUCUCAAGUUAGGGUCAAACUUAGUCCGUUAAUUCAAGCAGAAAUUAGUAUUCUUGUUGAUGUUAUUCGUGCACCUUAUGCUCUUUUUGCUGAAAAAAACGAAUGUCGAUUGAAAUUUCUCCUUGGAGCAUUCGUUCAUAAAUUAAUACAACAUGCUAAAUAUUUACUUAUACAAACAGAUGAAAAACUAUGUUUACGUAUAAUGCAUGCACUUAAAUCUAUGGUUAAAAGCAAUCAAGAGUUCGAAGUAGUGGGAUUAAAUUUAAGAUUAAAAUUACUUCGACUUUACUUUUCUGAUGAUCCACAAUAUUUAAAAUCUCUUCAUCAAACUUUGAAAGGUAUGUUAAAAUUGUUCAAUGAAGAAGAUAUUAUUGAACGAUUACGUUUAACACAAAAUGAAUUAAAUAAACAAGGCGCUAGUGAUCUCGUUGUUGAAUUAUUUAUAAGUCAAUCAUCAAUAAAUAUUCUUGAAGAAAGUAUUCAUUUAGCUAUUGCUUUACUUGAAGGUGGAAAUACUGAAGUUCAGAGAAGUAUUUAUCGUCGUUUACAUGAAUGUGAAAUAGCAUCAGAAAAAUUCUUUCAUGUUUUUUAUGAUAAAAUGUAUACGGCUCAAAAAAUAUUGAAAAGUAUGUCAUCAAUUACAAAUGAUAUUCCUGUAGACAAUGAUGAUUUUGAUGUUGUCGGAUUCACAUCAAAAUAUAAUCGUGCUUUAUCAAUACCAAGUUCAACAAUGAAUAAUCGACAAUUUUCAAACAUUUCAUCAAUGGAUGAGAAAGUUAAUAUAGAAUUAUCAUCGAAUGUUGCAUUUGAACCUCAAACGAAUAUUACGGAAAUAGAAACACCACAAGCAUUGGAAGCUAUAUCGAUUACUUAUCAAGCUUCACCUCAAUCAGAUCAAAAGAAAAAUUCAAUUGCGGAAACAAUUGACAUUUUUGAUUUUCAGCCUCAAAAUCGUCGUCAUAAACUAGUUUUUGAAAUUCGUAUAAUGCAACCAAUAUUACGAUUUUUACAAUUACUGUGCGAAAAUCAUAAUCCUGAAUUUCAGAAUUAUCUUCGUGUACAAAACAAACAUAAAACAAAUUAUAAUCUUGUUUGUGAAACAUUAAAAUUUCUUGAUGCUAUUUGUGGUUCACAAACAGGUUUACUUGGUUUAUUGGGUAAUUAUAUUAAUGAAGAUAAUGUUGAAUUAAUAAAUCAAGCAUUAAUUACAUUAACUGAAUAUUGUCAAGGACCAUGUCAUGAUAAUCAAGAUGCAAUUGUUAAUCAUGAAUCAAAUGGUAUCGAUAUAAUUAUUGCUAUUGUUUUAAAUGAUAUUACACCAUUAAAUCAAAAAAAUUAUGAUCUUGUACUUGAAUUAAAAGAUAAUGCAUCAAAAUUACUUUUAGCUGUAAUGGAAAGUCGUGAUGAUAGUACAAAUGCAGAACGUAUUCUUAGAAAUAUUACACCUGUUGCACAAUUACUUGAUGUUGGUUGUCAAAUCUAUGCCCGUGGUAAACAACAAGAUAUUGAAAGCAAAGAAAUUGAAAAUGAUGAAGUAUCACAUGAAGAAGAAGUAAAUGAUAAUGCCAAUAAUGUUGCACAAACUGUUGGUCAUAAUAUGUAUAUUCUUACAUAUCAACUUGCUCGUCAUAAUCGUGAACUUGAAGCUUUAAUGAAACUUCGAACAUUAAAUGAUGAAGCUUUAUCUUAUUAUCAUAAACAUACAGCUGAAAUUGAAAUUAUUCGACACGAUCGAUCAAUAGAACCAAUUGUUUUUCCUGUUCCACAAUUAUGUGAAUUUUUAACAAACGAAAAAAAACAAAAAGUUUUUUUAACAUGUGAACAAGAUGAACAAGGUUCUAAAGUAAAAGAUUUUUUUGAAAAAUUUUCUGAAAUAUUCGAAGAAAUGAAAUGGCAAAGAAAAUUAAGACAUCAACCAACAUUAUAUUGGUUUUCAUCACAAAUGUCAUUAUGGAGUGAUAUUUCAUUUAAUUUUGCUGUUUUAAUUAAUAUUCUUGUUGCUGUUUUUUAUCCAUUUAAUAAAGGUCUUAAGGAUCUUGAUUCUCGUGCUUCAGCAGCUAUCUGGAGUGCAUUAUUAAUUACUUUAGUUGCUAUUUUAAUAAGACCAAAUGCUACAUCAAUACGUAUGUUUUUUGUUGCGGGUAUUUUAAGAUCAAUUUAUUCUGUUGGUCUUGGACCAACAUUAUGGUUAAUGGGAGCAAUACAAGUAUUAAAUAAAGGAAUAUUUUUAGUUAGUUUUAUGGGAAAUAAUGGAACAUUUUCAAAAUCACGUUAUGAAAAUUUAACUAAUUUUCAACUUGUUUAUCAUGUUGGAUAUCUACUACUUUGUGUACUUGGAUUAUGUGCUCAUGAAUUUUUCUAUAGUUUACUAUUGCUUGAUGUUGUCUAUCGUGAAGAUACUUUGUGGAAUGUCAUUCAAUGUGUUGUACGCAAUGCUAAAUCCGUUAUAUUAACAGCUGUAUUUGCUGUAAUUAUUAUUUAUUUAUUUGCUAUAUGUGGUUAUUUAUUCAUCCAAGAUGAUUUUCUUAUGGAAGUACGAGAAAAACCACUUUCAAUAGAUGAUCAAACUGUAAACAUUACAUUGAAUAAUAAAACUGAGUUUUUAGAUUCAACAUUACUUCAAGUAACACAAUCAGUAACACGAAAUGGAAAAUCAAUAAUGUUAACAAUGACAUUAGCUCUUAUACUUAUAUAUCAUUUUUCUCUUUUGGGUUUUCUAUUUUUUCGUAAUGAUUUUUUAACAAAUAUUCAAUUAAGAAAAAAUUCUAUUCAAUAUCAACGUCCAAGUCAUUUACAUAAAACAACGAUUUUGACACCUUCAAUCAUUCCAGCGACUAAUGAAAAUAGAUUUUGUACAAAAGAUAAUUGUACUAAUGAUACAAUAACCGGUCAUAUUCGUAAUGUUACUCAGGCAUCAACUAUAUUAUCAGAAGAAGACGCAGCAAAUGGAGAACUUGAACGUGCUUGUGAUACAUUAUUUAUGUGUAUUGUAACAACACUCAAUAAAGGAUUAAGAAAUGGUGGUGGUAUUGGUGAUGUAUUAAGACAACCUUCUAGUCGUGAACCACUGUAUUUCUUUCGUGUUAUAUAUGAUAUGAUGUUCUUCUUUAUUGUUAUAAUUAUAACAUUAAAUUUAAUUUUUGGUGUUAUUAUUGAUAAUUUUGCUGAUUUGCGUACAGAAAAACAAAGAAAUGAUGAAAUACUUCGUAAUACAUGUUUUAUUUGUGCACUUGAUCGUAAAUCCUUUGAUAAUAAACAUGUAACAUUUGAAGAUCAUAUACGUAAAGUUCAUAAUAUGUGGAAUUAUGUUUAUUUUAUGGUUUUAAUUCAUGUUAAAGAUCCAACAGAAUAUACAGGUCCUGAAAGUUAUGUACAUGAAAUGAUCGAACAAAGAAAUCUUGAUUGGUUUCCACGUAUGCGAACAAGUAGUUUAGAUACUCAAGAAGAUAAAAAUAAAGAAGAACAAGAUAAUCGAAUAUUAAGAGUUCAAAUGGAAAAUGCCAAUGAAGCCAUAAAAACAUUAACAAUGGAAUUGGCUGAAUUACAAAAACUAGUAACAGAAUCUCGAGCACAAAAAAAUCGUAUAAAUUUUCUACCGAAUUCGUCAUUGCCAACGCCAUUAAAUCCAUGA